AUUAUUCUAUGGUCUGAACUCUAAAAUUAAAUUACAGAUUAUUGUCAUAAUUGUUUUCGUGAAAAUGCUGAUAAUUCAAACUUUUUUUUUUUCUGAGAUCAUAUAAUUGUCUAAUAACUCGUUUUAAUCUUAACAUAAGUGGAGUCUUUAGGAACUGUAAUGUUUGAUAAAAUUCAGGAAGUGUAGUAAAAAAAUUGAAAUGGAAGACAUAAAUAAAAGUUCAUCAUCAAGUACUUCUACUAACUCUGAGGAUAAUAACUUGGAGCAACUUAAAUGGCAUUUAGUAGAAUUUUUUAAGUAUUUGAACAAAGUGAAAGGAACAUACACUGUUAAGUCUACUAAAGCGAAACAUGAACUUGCAUUUCUUUUAUUGCAGUUGAAGAAACAACUAUUGCAUUCUUUCUCAUUUUUGAAUGUUCCACUUUGUACCAGAAGACAGGAUUUUCUUUGUGCAAUUUGUUCAAAGAUAAUAGUUAUUGAGCCACUUAAGGAUUUAUGGGAGUGUUUGGAAACUCAUUGUCAUGCGAACUGUUAUGUUGAUGUUUCAAGCUCUGGAAAGCUUCUGAAAGAUAAAAAAGAACCCAAAGGUUUGGAUAGCCAUAGCCAUUUCUUUGAAACUAUUGGGUCUAUUCUAGAAGAAAUCUACUCUAAAGAAGAAACUGAUAGUCAUUCUGAAUCUUCUGCAGAUCAAAUGAGUAUAAAAGAGGAAUCAGAAAGUGCAGAAGAGAAUGAAAAAUCAGAGGUAGCUGAAACUUCUGAUAUGCUUUUUAAUGAACAGUCAAUGAAUGUAUCAUCUAAUUCAAUUAAUGAUUUAUGUAUCAAAUCUCGCUCUUGGUAUCCCAAAAAUUCUUUAUCAGAAAAUACUGACUAUAAAGAGGUUGAUGAAAUUAAUGUUGAGAACAGCUCUGCAACCUUUUCAACUAUUAGUCAGUUAAUACCUAUAAAUAAUCAAAAAACUCCAAAAUCCUUUGAAAUUAAUGAAGAACAUAUUACAUCUGACUCAACACAACACUUCAAAACUAAAGAGUCUCCUGAAAAUAACUUUCGUUUUAAUUUUCAAUCCAAAUAUUCUGCAAGCCAGGAAUCAUUGUUCUAUCCCAAACUUUACCGUAAAUUCGAUUUGGAUGAAGAUCCUAUUCUUCAAAGAACAGGUUCAGAACGUUCAGUAUGUCUUAUUUGUUGUUGUGAACUACUGAAUCAAAAAAGUCCUAGAAAUAUCAUCAGUCAUACUUCAGGAGCCAGACAUUCCCAAACAUUUCAAUCUGCUAAAAUGAGAUCAAUCGUUAAAAAUUACCAUGAUACAUUUUUAAGUUUAGAUAAAGAAUAUCAGAGUCAUCAAAUAUACUUUGCUACUGAUGACCAAGGAUUUUUACUAAGAUGUGUUGUGUGUUUAAAAUAUGUAAGAUGUGGUGAUGUACAAGCUCAUAUUUUGAGUGAACUCCAUAAAAAAAAAUUAAUUCAGUUAAGUGCAGAAAAUAAGAUGCACUCACUCUUUUACUUUUUGAAAAAACAUGUUGAAAAUUAUGGAAUCAAACUGGAGAUAUCCAAGGAUGUGAAUGAAACUGAAAUUAAUGAAAAGCCAAAACGUCCCAAUUUCUUACGACAUAUGAUAGUACCAUCUAUUGACAACACUGAUCCUUCUUGGAAGAAAUACAUACCAGGAAGAUUUAGUAAACACUUGAAAUAUCUACAAGUUAUAGGCAAUAUUAUUAGGUGCACUGUUUGUGAGAAAGGAAAUGAGAUUUGCAAUUGGAAGAAUAUUCGGCUACAUUUAAUUCAACCCUCUCAUUUAGAAUCCACUAAAACUCAAACAAUAAAUUACAUAUAUCACUGUGAUGUUUGUGAUAAAAGGUUUCAUGAUGAACUCACAUGGAUUACCCAUUUUACUGAUGAAUACGAAAGACAUAAGGAAGCUACAGAAUCAAAGAGCAAUGACGAACAUUUAGAAUAUGAAUGUUCGACCUGUAAAUUUGUUCUUUUUGGUGAUUCUGAAGCAGUUAAAAAACAUAAACAAAGUGUACCAAGAAGAAUAGAAAGGAAGAAAAAUCAAACAAUUACGUUGAACAAAGAAGUAAAAGAAUUUUUUUCCACUAAAACUACAAUUAGAGAAAAUGGAGAGAAAUUAUUGAAAGAUGCAGAGGAUGUAGUUUCAAAAACUGAUAUCGUUCUUAAAAUUUGUGAAGAUUUAGAGGAUGCAUUGAAACCUAAAUAUAACUCUUGUAAAGCUUACCCAUUUGGAUCCAGAGUAUCAGGACUGGGAGGUAGUCAAAGUGACUUGGACAUAUUCAUUGAUAUUGGGUCAAUGUACAAUGGUAAUCAGAAUCAGGAUGAACAAAACCAAUUCUUGAUCAUUACACAAGUUCUGUAUUUGGUCAGAAAAAAGAAAGAAUUUUACCAAAUCAACUCAAGACCAACAGCCAGAACACCCAUAAUACAAUUAAAACAUAGACCAACAGAUUUGGAGUGUGAUAUAUCUUUUGUACAUGGGCUCAGUGUUGAGAAUACGAAAUUUUUAAGAUAUUGCUUUGAAUUGCAACCAGCCUCGCAAAAACUUAUUCUUUUAUUGAAAAAAUGGUCACAUUUGUGUGGUCUCAAUGAGAACAUCACAACUUAUGCCUUAGCUAUGUUAGGCAUAUUUUACUUGCAAAAGUCAAACUAUCUCCUAUCAGUACAAACUCUGAAAGAAUUGAAUAGAAUUAACAUGACCAUAAUUGGGUGGGAAACAAUUGACUAUGUGGUUCCAAAAGAAGAUAUUCUCAAACGUAUAAAAAUAUUUGAUGGCGAUAUUGUUGAACUUCUAAUUGGAUUCUUUAAGUUUUAUUCAGAUUUCAACUAUAAGAUAAAGGUCAUAUGUCCAUUGCUAGGAACAGAAAUAACUAAGGACUCAUUUUCAAUAGAUCCCAAAGGUAGUGCUCUUCCAAGACAAAUGAGUAGUUAUGUUAAAAAAAUCAGCAAUGAAAGUUUUCCAGAGUAUUUUAGAUGUCUAUCUCAUUUUUGUGUACAAGAUCCUUUUGAUUUAAGUCACAAUCUGACUAAGGCAUGUAGUGGUGUAUUAUUGAAUAAAUUUGUGAAAUUAUGUGAUUUAACUCAUUCUAUGUUGACUAAACUUUCAGAUUGAAGUAUAGAUAGUAAAAAUGGCAGUAGUGUAAUUUGGUCCUGCUUAAAGUUGAAAUGUAUUCAAUAAAUGUUUUUUUUAUAACUAA